UUUGCCACGUCAGAAAGAAGAGAAAGAGGAGAGCAGAAGACAGCGAGGGGUUUUUUCCCCUUGCCCAGACCAGACCCGAGAGAGAGAUUGAGAGAGAGGGCCGGAGUUAGACAGAAAGAGACACGAGGGUUGAGAGAGAGCUGAGAUUGGUGGAAGAGUGGGGCGUACCGUGGUGGCUGGGUCACCGGCGACGUGCAGCAGUGGCUCUUCCGGCGACGUGGCAGCGAACCCGCAACUCAGAAUCGUCACGUUAGAAAAAAAUUGAAAGUGAAAUCACACCGAUAAAAGCGGUUUUUGGAAUAUCCUUACAUUUUCCAAUUUGCUUUCACAAAAAAUUUCGAAGUGGGCGGUUUGGGAAAUGUUCUAUUGAUUCGUAAUUGAGCGCCAUAGUUCAUCAUGGCUGGUGGAGAAUCGGACAUGGACGCCAUGAACGAAGCCCUAAGCUCCGCGCAGAUUUUCAAAGACAAGCAGCAACAAUUCGGCCUUAACCCUAAAGACCAUGAGCAGGAGCAAAAUGGCAGUGGCGUGCAGAUCACGUGCUUUAGCCAUGUCUUCAAAGAUGUCACUCUUCAUUUCCAGAUCCUCCGCCUUCCCAAACAGAUAUACGUGUGGGUCGGUUGCAACUCUGCCAAAUUAGGGCACUUAUGCGCAUCUGCACCUACACGGCCUGACACGGUUAGUGUUGCUUCCAUACUUGGAGGAACUUCUGAUAAUACAGGAUCUGGCAUUGCUCGGCGAUUAGUGUUGAAGACUGGUCUCAAUAUAAUUCUGGCCUGCAAUAUUCCAAAGAAUAGUCCUAUGCUGGAGGCUGAAGCUGAGAAGGUGUUGGUACAAAAGCUAAUCCACCUGGGUUACACAAGGCGGAAGGCAGAAGGAUUGUCCUCGUAGCAGGGCCUUGGCAAACCUACUAUAUAUGAAACACAUCCAUUGUUAUAGACUAUUAUUAUUUAGAGUCCUAAACUUUCAGGGUGUUAUCUCUUUCAUUUUCUUCUCUUUUUGACACUUUCUUCGUGCUUCAGAUGGUAUACCCUAAAGAAUGUUAUUGACAAUUUCAAGUUCAAUAUAAUAUUUGUCUAGA